ACUCAAGAGAAUGUUGGAUUCUCCUUUGUCCUAAGCAAACCAUUUUUUUUUGUACCAUACCACCCACCACAUGCUUCUUUUCUUGUUUUACAUUCACCAUUCCAUAAAAUACACACACAUACUAACCAAACCAUCUUCAUUUUAUUAUUUUGCUUUAUAGUGCAAAGCAUAUUAACAAUGCCCAUCUCUAGGCAGCAAGAUGCCUCGUGACUCUCUGACCCAGAAAAUGAAUUUUUCCCUAUUUCCUUCUGAUCAUAAUAUUGCCUAGAUUUGUUCAUAUUGACUCACAGGCGUGCUACUUCACUUUAUGCUAAUCCGAAAGAUGGUCUUUUCUUGGGUUUUGACGCAAAGAUUUUAGCUUUAAUGGGUUUCUGGCAUGGAAAGGGAGUGUUGGGUUCUGAUCUGAGUAUUGCUGUUAAACAAAAGAGACCCACUUCAAGAUUUUUCUCAUUGGGGCCAAAAUAGUCUCCGUAGAAGGUUUUGGUAUCUGGAUUUCUAUUGUUCUUGUAAAUUUCACUUAAUUGGGGAUGAUAAGAAGAGAAAUAGUGUUCUGUUUUCUGAUCCUUUUGUGGUUUUGGGAUUCUGCAAAUGGGUUAUUAUCUACCAAAGGAGUGAACUUUGAAGUUCAAGCUUUAAUGGGUAUAAAAGCAUCUCUACAUGAUCCUCAUGGUGUUCUUGACAAUUGGGAUGGGAAUGCUGUUGAUCCUUGUAGUUGGACUAUGGUCACUUGUUCUCCUGAGAGCCUGGUCAUUGGCUUGGGAACUCCUAGUCAGAGUUUAUCAGGUACUCUCUCUCCAAGCAUAGGAAACUUGACAAAUCUUCAAAUUGUGCUCUUACAGAACAACAACAUUACAGGACCAGUUCCAUCAGAGCUCGGAAAGCUUUCGAAACUUCGGACACUUGAUCUCUCUAAUAACUUAUUCACAGGGGAUAUUCCUUCCUCUCUAGGCUUCCUGAGAAACCUCCAGUACAUGAGGCUUAACAAUAAUAGUCUAUCAGGAGCAUUUCCUAUGUCAUUAGCUAAUAUGACUCAGCUUGCCUUCCUUGACUUGUCCUUCAACAACCUGACUGGCCAUGUACCCAAAGUUUUGGCUAAAACAUUCAACAUUGUGGGAAACCCUCAAAUUUGUCCAACUGGGUCUGAACCAGAAUGCUUUGGAACAUCACUGAUGCCCCUGUCAAUGAACCUGAAUGGCUCUCAAACUACUCAUGUAUCUGGAAAACCUAAGAGCCACAAGAUGGCCCUUGCAUUUGGCUCGAGCAUCGGAUGUGUCUCUUUGAUCAUUCUUGUGUUUGGACUACUUCUCUGGUGGAGGCAAAGGCACAAUCAGCAGACAUUCUUUGAUGCUAAGGACCGGCAUCAAGAGGAAGUCUCUCUUGGAAACUUGAGGAGGUUCCAGUUUAGAGAACUUCAGAUUGCGACGAACAACUUCAGAAGUAAGAACAUAUUAGGGAAAGGUGGGUUUGGAAAUGUUUACAAAGGAAUACUCCAGGAUGGGACUCCGGUUGCUGUCAAGAGGCUAAAAGAUGGCAACGCCAUUGGAGGACAGAUUCAAUUCCAGACGGAAGUUGAGAUGAUUAGCUUAGCGGUGCACAGAAACCUAAUUACACUAUAUGGGUUUUGCAUUACUCAGACAGAAAGGCUUCUGGUUUAUCCAUUUAUGUCCAACGGCAGUGUUGCUUCUCGUCUAAAAGGGAAGCCAGUAUUGGAUUGGGGCAUGCGAAAGAGGAUUGCCUUAGGAGCUGCAAGGGGGUUGUUAUAUCUCCACGAGCAAUGCAAUCCGAAGAUAAUUCAUAGGGAUGUUAAGGCUGCAAAUAUAUUGCUUGAUGAUUGUUGUGAAGCUGUGGUAGGAGAUUUUGGGUUGGCAAAACUUUUGGAUCAUGAGGAUUCUCAUGUCACAACAGCUGUGAGAGGCACUGUGGGGCAUAUAGCUCCUGAAUAUCUUUCCACCGGCCAGUCGUCUGAGAAAACGGAUGUCUUUGGGUUUGGGAUGCUUCUACUUGAACUAAUCACAGGCCUAAGAGCACUUGCAUUCGGCAAGGCAGCAAACCAGAAAGAAACAAUGCUUGACUGGGUGAAGAAGAUUCAUCAGGAGAAGAAGCUUGAGAUUCUUGUAGACAAGGAUCUUAAAAAUAACCAUGAUUCGAUUGAGCUUGAGGAGAUUGUUCAAGUGGCACUGUUAUGCACACAAUAUCUUCCAGCUCACAGACCGAAAAUGUCGGAAGUAGUUCGUAUGCUUGAAGGUGAUGGGCUUGCAGAAAGAUGGGAAGCUUCCCAAAAAGUUGAAACAACAAAAUGCAAACCCCAUGAAUUCUCCUCAUCAGAUCGAUACUCCGACCUUACUGAUGACUCUUCAUUGCUUGUUCAGGCAAUGGAGCUGUCAGGGCCAAGGUGAAAUGAAUCCCUUAUCUGUUUUGAUUUCCUUUCUUUCUUCUUCAUCAAUAGUAAGAAUGUUACAACAGGAAAAAUUAUAGAUUUGUUUAUUCUAAGUCCAGUUGUCCUAUGUUGAUAGUAGCAUAUCAGAGCUUGUAUUCAACUGUAUAGAUUUUGCUUUGAGAAAACUGAGUUUUCUGAACCAAAA